GAGAUGGUCGACUAUCACAUAACAGAUGGCCUGACAGACCUCCGUCUCUUUGCGGUGAUGGCCAGCUUGUCACAGAAAAUAGCCACACUCGAUGAUUUCAUGCGGUCCCUGAUUGGCAGGAUGGACUUUAAAUCACUGGAGCUAAAGCUGUACAGAGCCAGGCAAUUGUUCCUGUGCAACAUUGAUUCCCAGUCGAACAGCAUCUCAGUAGACCAACUGGUUUUGGAGUUGAAGGCUGGUGGGAUCAGUGAAGAGCAUGAGGAAGCGGUGUGUCGAGAACUGAAACACAUCCAAUCCCUCGACCUCCUUGACUUCCUCACGUACUUACCCCUGUUUGUCCUCAUUCACAACUCUGUUAUCUCCAACCCACUGGAUGACUCCAGGACACUAUGAUACACUGCUAUGCUGCAGACCCCGAACUUGAUCAAAAUCAUAACUAAUACUGAAGGUGGAUGUAAACCGAAUUUCCCAUUUGGGAGUCUGAGAUUCUUUUUAUUUUUUUUUAUUAAAAAUGAUGUAUACAAACCAGGAGAGACAUAAUGUUUGUAUUCAUUUUGAAACAAUAUAUUUUAUACAAUUAAUCUUAUAAUUAUAAUAUGGCUUUGUGUAUUAUGUCACCAUUGAUUUUAAAUUGAGUACCGACAUUGUACUGCUGAUGUAAUUCAAUGUAUACCGCUGCUCUUGUAGUCAUACUUACCUUUGAUAUAAUUUAUCCUCUGUAACAGGGAGCUCUAUUGAUAUUACACAUCUCUCUGAAAGGUAGAACACUGUUAGAUGCUGCCCAGUCUGGUUUAUAAAAGUAAAGGGGUACACAUUGAGAUAGAAGUAUGAAUUGACUGGGAUUUAAUGCAUGACCACUUCAUGGCAACUUAGUGCCUCCUUUAUCUUCAUUUAUGUUUUCUGGUUCAUCUAGAUAUUCAUGCACACACCUCUUAGGGUUUGUUGAUAACCCUGAAGUCCUUUAAAUUAAAUUUAAAAAAAAAACGGAGCCUUUUCUUGGGUUUCCCAGGCGUAUUGUAAGUGCACAGCACAUUUAUAUCAGAAAAUAAACUUAACAGAUGUGUGCAGUGUGCUGUCUAUGGUACUGAAAGCUCUAGGCAGUGUUUUUGGACAACCUUGUCUCAGAACAGCUACUGUACUUUGCAAGUGAAUCUUUUGAUCCUUUUGAGACUGAUUGUCUCUCCAAUCUGGCUGUUUUAAACCCUCCCAUAUGAAUUCAAAAUGUCUGUACCAACUCCUUUACCAGCAUAAAAAGAUUACUAUCUCCAAACUGGCUGUUAUUUAAUGGUAUCUUAAAACAGUUUUAACAAAUAAUAUUCAAAUAGUUGAAACAAGAAUUAAUUGAAACAAGAACAUUUAAAUUAAAGUGUUGUAGUCUUCAAAGACAUGUUCCUUCUUUUCGCACUUUAACGGAUAUCUCAGGAAUUUGUCUUUCUUUAUUUCUAC